AUGGAUUCACAGAAAAAUGCAGGAAUUUCCUCUCAUUUCUCAUCAGAUUUCCAAUUCAGUUUACCAACAAGAGUGAUUUUUGCCACAGCCACAUUAUUCAGCUUCCUGAUGUCUGUGAUAGGCAACUCCCUUGUGAUUUGCAUCAUAGCCAAGCAACAGUCCAUGAAAACAUCAACCAACUAUCUCAUAAGGAACUUGGCUGUUUGUGAUAUUUUAACCACUGUACUCAUGACACUAAAUUUAAUCAAAAGAAUUUUUCUCGAAGGCAAAUGGUUUGGCGGUGUUAUGGGAAGCGUCACUUGUAAAAUGGUGGAAUACGGAAACUCCGUUACACUUUUUUGUUCUCUUUCAAACCUAGUUGCUAUCGCAAUUGAUCGAUAUCUUGCUGUCACUCGACCACUAUCUUACAAGCUGUCAUCAAAAUGGCUGGUAAAAAUAUCAGUUCCUGUCAUGUGGUUGAUUUCACUUUCAUUACCUAUAGCAAGUGUGUCUGACACACAAUUAUUAUACUACGACGGUAAUGUGUGGCCAAGAUGUGAAGAGGUAGGAAAUCGAGGCUCUUGGGAUUUGUACUUGUCGAUAGCUUCUAUAAUCUGCUCAUUUAUCGCAUUGACUACGCUUUACUCAGCAAUUUCUUAUCGAAUUUGGAGAAGAAACAUUCCUGGUGAGAUGUGCAGCAAUCAAAAGGAGCUUGUUAUUCGUACAGCACGAAAGGUCACUAUUUUAAUGAUAUCAGUUGUAGUUGUCUUUUUUGUUUCAAUGGCACCAGCUUUUGUUUUUCUCAUAAUCUUCGAAUUUGGAAACGCUGGUCCUACGUUUGGAGCAACUGUAAUGCAAUACCCGUUUUUAUUUGCUUUCAGUUACUGGCUAAUUUGUAACAACAGCGCUUUUAACCCUUUGUUGUAUUUCGUAUUUAUUGAAAGUUUUCGUCAAGGCUUGAGAUCGGCUUGUUCAAGAUGUCGGGUUCCACGAUUCUCAGCGCAUAAAAGGAGGCUCGAAGCUGGACCAGAAUUAACUAGAAAUAUGCCAGCUUUGGACAUCAUCAAUAGGGAAGAAGGAAACAUUGAAAUGACGGCAUACUACAGGUACAGUUCAUAA